AUGGCCGCCCGCCCCCCGUUAAAACUUCUUAUGCUGCAUGGCUACACCCAGUCUGGACCCCUCUUUCACGCCAAAUCCCGCGCCCUGAUAAAGCAUAUAACAAAGGCCUUCCCCCUCCACGAGAUUGCUGCUAUAUAUCCCACUGGUCCUUUACGCCUUAACCCCGCGGAUAUCCCCGGCUACACACCACAAGAAGGCUCUGGCUCGGGGGAGGAGAGCGAAAUUGAAUCAUUUGGAUGGUACAGACGCUCAAACACCGCCGAGCCACCACUCUAUGUCGGUCUCGAGGAUGGGCUCGAUGCAAUCGCGAAGGUCCUCAGCGAGGAGGGCCCAUUUGACGGCGUGAUCGGGUUUUCGCAGGGCGCUGCGAUGGCUGCGAUGGUUGUUUCGCUAUUGGAGGGGUCGAAGAGGAAGGAUGCGUUUGCGCAGUUCGCGCCGUCUGCUUCGUUCUCAGCGGGUGUUGAGGGGUUCAAAUACCCGGAAUCAUUUGCAAAGUUGAAUCAUCCGGCAUUUAAGUUUGCGCUGUGUUAUAGUGGGUUUCGGUCACCUGGGGAUCGGUAUAGAGCGUUUUAUGAGAGCCCGCCGAUUCAGACGCCUAUAUUGCACGUGCUCGGGUCGUUGGAUGCUGUGGUUGAAGAGAGUAGGAGUAGGGCUUUGAUAGAUGCUUGUGCUGGGAAUCCAGAGGAAGAGGGUAAGGUGGUUUGGCAUCCUGGUGGCCACUUUUUGCCGAGUCAGAGACCUUACUUGGACGCCGCAGUGAAGUUUAUUAGGGAGCUUUUGGAAGGAGGGCAGCAGUGGGGCAAAGAUACCGCGAAGGAGGAAGAUGUUAACGAUAUGGACGUGCCUUUCUAA